AUAAAAGUCAAAAAACAAAAACAAAAACAAACAAAGAGCUGAAAAUUCCAUAUAAACACUGUAUUGGUUUCACUACCGAGCGUAGCCUCAUCAGAAAACCCCGUAUCCACCCGGUGAACCACCGCUCGCUGUGUCGCCGUGGUUCAAAUUUUGAAUUGAAGAGAGAGAAAAACAAGUAGAAAGAUGGGAGAAAGAAAGGUUUUGAACAAAUACUAUCCUCCAGAUUUUGAUCCGGCUAAAAUUCCCAGGCGAAGGCAGCCGAAGAAUCAGCAAAUCAAAGUUCGAAUGAUGUUGCCAAUGUCAAUUCGCUGCAGUACUUGCGGUAAUUAUAUAUACAAAGGAACCAAAUUCAACUCUAGGAAAGAAGACGUCAUUGGCGAGACAUAUUUGGGAAUCCAAGUAUUUAGAUUUUACUUCAAAUGCACAAAGUGUUCGGCGGAGCUGGCGAUGAAGACCGACCCUCAAAAUUCAGAUUAUGUGGUUGAGGCGGGUGCAACACGUAAUUUUGAACCGUGGCGGGAUAAAGAUGAGGAAGUUGAGAAGGAAAAAAUGAAACGAGAUUCUGAAGAAAUGGGAGAUGCAAUGAAAUCUUUGGAGAAUAGAACUUUGGACUCAAAAAGGGAAAUGGAUAUCCUGGCAACCCUUGAUGAAAUGAAGUCUAUGAGGUCAAGGCAUGCGACUGUCAGCGUAGAUGAAAUGUUAGAGGCCUUGCAGCGCACGGGUGAAGACAAGGAAAAGAAGCUGGAUGAAGAGGACGAGGCCCUUAUCAAGUCAAUAUUUAAUGGGUCCAAUCAGUAUGUGCGAAGGAUUGAUGAUGAAGAGUGGGAUGAUGACAGGGAUGAGAUAGAAAAAGACAACGUGAAGAGACAAAAACUUUCUGAAGAUGCUAGAAAACCUACAGAUGUCUUGACAAAGAGUAAUUUAACUGAAGAGUCGAGCAGCAAAGAACCUUCAGAAAGUAAACCCACCUUUCAGCCUCCAGCUGUACGAUUCAUGGUCAAGAGGAAAUCAGUCCGAAAACCAGAUGACAAAGAACUUGUGAAGGUAGAUACGAAGCAGCAUGAAGAUACUGCCCCUAGUGGUGGACUCCAGUCAUUGUGUCAGUAUGACAGUAACGACAGUGAUUAAGCGCAAGAUUAUGGGAACAAAUUGCACUAUGUUGCUGUUUCAGGCAUUCAAACAAUUUGCACUAGGUUGUUGUCUCGGUGUUUGCUAAACAUGUUAUAAAGUCUAGAUUGGUUUUGAAUAUAUAUUCUCAAUCCCUAUCGAUGUCUUAUGUGAUAGUAAAUGAAGUUAGUGGAGAGAAAGGAGAUACGAUUUUGACACACCCUUUAUUAGGUUUGUAAAAAUCAAUUUGCACAUUUGCAAGUCACAUGUUGAUUUCCAUGGUUACAA